GCGGGCGUGGUUGUUGUGGAGUUUCCUUGGGAAGAAAAAGCGUCUGGAGUUCGUCCAGUGGCAGUAGAACCGGCUCUAGGGAGCUGUCCCUGGCUCGGGAUAUAGCUACUCGUAAAUACAGCCUUUGGCCUGGCCAUCCCCCACAGCAGGGAUGCUGCUGGGAUUUCAGAGAGGACGCAAGAGCCAAUUCAAACACAUCAUCCAUGGCCUCCUUCCUGCAGCCAGCAUCGCUCCAAAGCCAGCUGUGCCUCGAACACCCCCUCCCCGCAGCCUCAGCCCUUCCCCUGAGAGGCCAAGAUCUGCGCUGGCUGCGGUCAUUUUGGCAACGACGCUGACUGGGAGGACCGUCGCCAUCCCCCAGCCUCGCCAGAGGUCGAGGUCUGAGAGUGACACCUCCUGCACUGGGAAGGACAGCGUCAUCGAGCCCUACGCCACCACCUCGGAGCAGCAGCUUCGGCCCAGCUGGCAGAGUGGAACAGGAAGAAGAAUUUCUUUACCAUCCUUUGAGGCGCUGGGCUACGGGGAAGAAGAUGACGCUGAGACACAGGUGUCGAGCAGUGACAAGGAGCCAGAGGAUGGCAGCACCUGGAAAGACAGAGGAGGCCCCCGGGACGCUGUGUACGCCAUGCCACACAGAAGCCAGGUGCCGUUGUCACAUGAAGCCGACAGUGAAGAAGAUGAAAAUAUUUCUGAGCAAGAUGGGUUUCCAGGCUCCCCAGCUCUUACACCUCAACCUAUGCAGCAAAAAGAUGAAAAAUACUCUGUUGUGAAUUUAAAGGGGGAGAGGACGCCGUUACGUGAGAAGCCACCUCCCUCCCCAGAUGUAACUGGUAGAAAACGUCAGAGAUGUAUAGAAAUAACCAAAGAAAAGUUUGAGGAGUUAAAAGAAGAAAAUUUGCACCUAGGCAGUGCAAAUCAAGCUCUUGUGCUUGAACUGAAUGUAGUAAAACAAGAAAUGAAAAAAUUACAGUUAAAACUUAAAAGGAUGGGACAAGACGACGGGAAGCUGAAAGAGGCUGAGAAAACAUCCUCUCAGGAAGGAGUUGCUGUACCUGAAUUACUUCAUCUCAGGAAACAAGCCCAAGAGCUGGUGGAUGAAAACGAUGGUUUGAAAAUGACCGUCCAUCGUUUGAAUGUAGAACUGAGUCGAUACCAAACAAAAUUCAGGCAUCUGUCCGAGGAAGAGAGUUUCCAUACUGAAGGCCUCCCAUCAAAGGGCCCUAUACCACCCUGGUUGUUGGAUGUGAAGUCCCUGUGCCCAUUACUGCUGGCUUAUGAAGACAGAAUGAAAGAGAAGGACGAGCUCAAUGCUGCCCUGGAGGAAGAAAUGAGAAUAUUUAGGAUGCGGGUCCAGGAAGUGGUGAAAGAAAAUGAAGAGCUGCGCAUCAGCUUCAGACUCAAGCAAAACUAGUUUUAGAGGAAAACAAGCUGUUGCUAGAGCAGCUGGAGAUUCAGCAAAGGAAAGUGAAGGACACCCAGCAGGAGCAUCUCCAAGAGGUUUCUCAGCUGACUAAACAGCUCAUGCUCCUGGAGUCGCAGAAAGAGACCCAGGAAAAGGAGCUGCUGGAAAACAAGGAGCUGCUGGAGAGUUUUCGUGCCAAAUGCCAAGAACUCCAAGCAGACCUGGAUGGCAGGAUUACCAUGGAAGUUCACACGAACUCGGAAGGACGCAGAAGAUAAACAGGAGAUAUCAAAAGAAAAUUGAUGUCCUCAAAAAGCAUGUCGAAAAAGCCAUGGGGAAGGAAUGGUCUGCUCACCAGUACCUGGCAAACCUCAUUGGCCUGGCAGAGAGUGUGACCCAGGAACGGGACAGUCUUAGGCAUUUGGCUAAAUGUUUAGAGAGUGAGAAAAAUGGAGCCCUCAACAAGAUCCUAAAAGGCAAUAUUCGCUUGGGAAAGUUAGAGGAGAAAGUCAAGAGAAAUGGAAGGCGAGCUGGAGGCUGUUUGGCAGUCUACCUCCAAGGAAAACCAAAGGAUGAGAGCGCUGCUCCAGGCCACGCUGCAGAGAGCUGAUGCACAGGACCACACGCGUCGAGCAGAGGACCCCGGCCUCCAGGGCACCUUGCACGGAGAUCAGCAUCAGCUGCUGUGAUCCGAAGCCCCUGGCCGCCAUCCACCAGAGCCUGCUGGAGCCGUGGCUUAGGCCCAUGGGCUUGAAAGUCUGCGGAGCAGGUCCCUUGCCCCAGGAAAAGGGCAGUGUCCAGGGCAACUGCAGAAACUCAUGCAGCACAGCAGCACCGGGAAGAAAUAAAUCACCACGGGAGCUUAAUUGCAUCUUUAUAUUUCACUUUAUUUUUUAAAAUUUAAUUUUUGCAUCAUUGUGUAAGGAGUGAACCCUGGGCCUUGGCAGUGAGAGCCAUUUCCCCAGCCCUUUUCAUUUAUGUUUGUAUGUCCCACUGAGUUGCCCAGGGAAGUUGAAAUUGUAGUCUUCCUGCCUCAGCCUCUGAGAGAGCUGUGAUUAUAGGCAUGCAGCAGCUCUCCAUGGGGCCUGGGCAGUGUUUGCUUGCCUCAUAAAUACAUCGAGUGUC